AUGUCUGCCGAUAAGAAGUACAACGUUGGAAUUAUUGGAUACGGCCUUUCCGCCAAGGUCUUCCACAUCCCUUUCAUCAACCUCACUCCUCAGUUCAACCUGCACAGCAUCGUGCAGCGCAAGCCUACAGCAUCAUCAUCCGCCCCUAAUGACUACCCCACCCUGAAGCACCACACCUCCCUGGAGCCCAUGCUCCAGGACCCUGAGGUCGACAUCAUCAACAUCCUUACGCCGCCCAACACCCAUUUCAGCUUCUCCAAGCAGGCAUUGCAGGCUGGCAAGCAUGUUAUGGUCGAGAAGCCCUUCGUGCCGACCGUCGCUGAGGCUGAGGAGCUCAUCCAGAUCGCCAAGGAGAACAACCGUCUCAUCUGUGUCUACCAGAACCGUCGCUGGGACAGCGACUUCCUGACCGUUAAAAAGAUGAUUGAUGACGGUGUGUUUGGCCGCGUCUACGAAUUCGACACACACUUUGAUCGUUACCGUGCUGAAAAGCCUGGCUCCUGGAAGGGAGAGCUGGGCAUGGCCGAUGGCGGCGGCGCCCUUUACGACCUGGGCUCCCAUCUUAUCGACCAAGCUUACCAUCUAUUUGGUCUGCCUGAAACCGUCUACGGCAAGCUUAUCAACCAGCGGGAGGGCAAGUUCGACCCCGAGGAUCCCGACAGUGUGCACGCCCAGCUCGCAUACAAGAACGGCCUCAUCGUGAGCGUCCGCAUUGGCGUCAUGAGCGUCGAGAGCAUCCAGCCUCGCUUCUGGGUGCGCGGUACCAAGGCUUCGUUCCACAAGACAGCGCUCGAUCCCCAAGAAGACCAGCUCAAGGCGGGCAAGAAGCCCAACGAGCCCGGUUUCGGUGUAGAGGACCCCAUCAACGGCGGCAGGUUGCUCAUCGUCAAGGAGGGCGGCAAGAUUGAGGAGAGGACGAAGUUGACCGUCGAACCGAAGACUUAUCUCAAGCUCUUUGAGGCCUUCGCCAAGGCUGUCGAGACCGGAAAGGAUGAGGAUGUUCCUGUCCCGGCAAGCGAGGCACGCGAUGUGCUUCGCAUAAUUGAAGCUGUGAAGGAGAGUGCGAAGACUGGAAGCGAGGUCCGUCUGUCCUGA